AUGGCGACGCCAGCAUUUGGCGCGCAAUCCUCCACCAUCGCCGAACCCAACAAUGCGGCCCUCUAUGAUGCCCGGAGACGGCAGCAAGUCACCGGCUCCCAGAUCCUCGAUAACAUUGUUUCCUUUUCGAAUUUUGAUCGCGACGAGGUGGACAGAUUACGGAAACGGUUCAUGAAGCUGGACAAAGACAACAGCGGUACGAUCGAACGGGAAGAGUUCCUGUCAUUACCUCAAGUGUCGUCCAACCCCCUAGCAACGAGAAUGAUCGCCAUCUUCGACGAGGAUGGUGGCGGCGACGUCGACUUCCAAGAAUUCGUGCUCGGGCUCUCGGCCUUCUCCUCCAAGGGCAACAAAGAAGAGAAGCUGAAGUUUGCAUUCAAGGUCUAUGACAUUGACCGGGACGGCUAUAUCUCAAACGGAGAGUUGUUCAUUGUGCUCAAGAUGAUGGUUGGCUCGAACUUGAAGGACCAACAACUGCAGCAGAUUGUGGACAAGACGAUCAUGGAGGCGGACAAGGAUGGCGAUGGCAAGAUCAGCUUCGCCGAGUUCACGCAGAUGGUGGAGAGCACGGACGUUAGUAUGAGUAUGACGCUAGGUAAGUGCUGA